AUGAUAUUCUACGAUCUGAUGGAACGAAUCGAGAGUACGCAGUCGGAUGUGAGGUUGGAUGCGGCUAGGAUUGUGCUGUAUAUAUUGCAGGGAGCAUAUUUGGAUUUUGUGGACGAGGAGUGUGUAUCGAUAGGGAACGGCUUCCAGUCGAGUCCGAAUCGAGAGGGCGGCGACUUGGGCACGGGGGGACACGAGGAGGCGUGCCUUAUUCAGGGCAUUUUUAACGCUUAUAAGGCGUAUGAGGCCGGGUUGUAUCAGACUCUUUGCACGAUGCUGAUGCUGGAAGUGGACGACCCGUGGGAUGUGUCGUGUCAGGUGGAGUCGAAUAGCCGAGGGAGUUCGGUAUCGAAUAGCAGAUCGGCAUCGAAUGUUGACUUGUCGGAUAGUGGUGGGUAA